UAAUCCGGAUUAAGGGCGCGUCAGUGGCGGCGGCGGUGCGGGGUACGGUCGUUGCUAUAUUCCCGGCUAAUCUCACCCCCGGCCUGCACUCCACACCGCCGACCGUUUGCAGUGGCACACAAAGUUUCACCCCGAACGGCACACGAUAAUCCCUCUGGUAUCCUCCCGCCGCCGCCACCGACUCUCUCCGUCCCCGUCGUCGACAAUCCUCAUCCGCCGUUGCCGGACGGGUUUUCGACUCUCACCGCGCGCGUGUACGUGUGUGUGUUUGUGCGUGUGUGUGAACGCGGUCGUGCUUUAGUCUCGGUCGGUCAAACGGCCCGCGUGGUAUACUGUCGCCGUUGUCGUGCGGUGUUUAAACGUCGACGAUUCGAGUACAACAAAAAUAAAAUUAUAACACCGAUAUUGAAUGCGAACACGUGCGUCCGAUCACACUAUAAAGGAACCCGAACGCAAUGCUGCAAGAACCGCCGCUUACGUCACAGCCUGAUGAAUUCGCCGCGAAAUCCAUACCAGUGCAUUGCGUAGUGGAAUCGAUUAACCAUGUUUAUCAAUGGAGCCAAAAGCACUCGCCGACACUACAUCGAUCAAAAGGCCACGUAGAAUUGGACAGAUUCGUUAUCAUUCCAAAUAAUACUGCGUUUAGAGACUUGACAGAAACCGCGUUGGUACGCCUGGGCUAUUCUAAGGACACGGCAGCGGCUUCGAAAGGCUUGGUAGUGCUCAAAAAUUGGUUACCAUUAGACCUAGACACGAUCGCCGAGGAUCCGGUACUGACAGUGAACGAUGUUCUCGGAGAACUCACUACCCUAGCCACUCUGAGAAUACUCGUGUUCAGAGAAGCGAAGAACCGAUUUUCCGAUUUGAAAGAUAAACUGUUAAAACUGCUGUUGGUACAAAGCCAAACACAGUUAACAGCGUCAGGAUGUCCCCUGGACGAAGCGAUAAUAUUACAGAUGAUGAAGGUCGGGCAAGCUUGUCCGGAUUUCCCAGAAGACUUGUACAAAAAAUUCGAACAAUGGUGGAUAAUGCAAUCGUCAAAUGUCGUUCCCAAAAUACAGCCAUCGGUAUUGCCGCAAUCAGUGAGAGACAUGUUUUAUCGUAACGGAUCGUCACCGAGACAGUCUAAUAUGCAAGACAACCCCACUAAUUGUAUUGUUCCUAAAUCAGACCCCAAGACACACAGUAUCCAGCCCGUUUCUCAAAAUCAGUUCCAAGGUCAAAAAACGCGUAUGCGUACUAGCUUCGAUACAGAACUUGAACUUCCAAAAUUGCAAGCUUGGUUUGCUGAAAAUCCUCAUCCAAGUAGACAACAAAUACACCACUACGUGAGUGAAUUGAACAAUUUGGAAUCGCGUAAAGGUCGUAAGCCGUUAGACGUCAACAACGUCGUAUAUUGGUUUAAAAACGCCAGGGCAGCACAAAAACGGGCUGAAGUACGCGGCACAAAUUCAGGCGCCGCCGACAUAAACUCGGGAAACAACGACGGCAACGUGAACGGUUACUGUAAGAGCAGCAGUCCCAGCGAGCACGGCGGCAAGUCGUAUAGCGGACAGGGGUCGGUGAGCGAAGCCGAAGACGACGAUGACGAGGAGUUCGACGACAACCGGGACGACGACGACGACGACGACACAAAACCGCCGAUGAGCCCGCCCGCGGAACAGCCGAUAUCGUUGACCACGCACGGGCGGUUUAGUAACGGCGAAACGCAGUCGCCAAGACCGCAAUCGCGCAACUCCCAACAGAGCCCCGAACACAAGGUGAUGGUUAUCAAGGAAGAGCCGCCGGAUAAGGAUAAGACGACAGUGACCACUGGACUGAACAAUAACGAUUAUGAGGAUGAAGAGGAUUUCGACGAGGACAUGAUAGACGACGACGGGUCUGACGGUGGAGCUGAUGAUCGCGACGUGAUUGGCAGCAGCUGCAAACGGUUAUUACCUCAACAACAGUCAGCGAUGUCGUGCACCACCAGCCCGGACGACUUGGUUGCCACCGGACACCACCGCCAAACGACGCCACCACCCCCACCCCCGCCGUUAUUCCACCGCGCCGCCGAUAUGCACCAGCCACUGGUCCGGCCCGGGUUCUCGAUGGUGCCAAAUUCAAUGUUCGGCCACAGCUUCAUGUACAUGAGCCAAUGUUUGCCCGGCUUCAAUAUGGGCCGCCGACCGCAGACCGGCACUCCGCCCCCGCCUCAAUCGCAACAGUCACAGGUGUCGUCAGCAGCCACCGCGGCAGGCCUGAAUCUAUCGGCGCUGGCCGAGGAACGCCGGAAACGGAACCGGACGUUUAUCGACCCAGUGAGCGAGGUGCCACGGCUCGAGCAGUGGUUCGAGCACAACACGCACCCAUCGCACAGCCUGAUCGCCAAGUACACGGACGAGCUGAACCGGAUGCCAUACCGGCAGAAGUUCCCGCGACUCGAAUCAAAGAACGUUCAGUUUUGGUUCAAAAACCGUCGGGCCAAGUGCAAGCGGUUAAAGAUGUCCCUGUACGACGCCAUGUCGCCGAAAGAUCAAUUCUCCAUGCCCACGUAUCUCAAUCACGAUUAAUGCUGCAUCGUUCCGGCGUUGUUGUUUGAAAAAAAAAAUCACUAAUGAACAAUAUUAUAAUAAUUUUAUAUAUAUUAUAAUGUUGUAAAUUAUUAUACAAAUUAUAUACAAUAUUUAUACGAUAAAGAUAAUAUGUUAUAGGUAUAACCGCGGCAGCUCGUGUAUACGAUACUACUAUGACAUAAUUAUGUAUUAUUCGAGUAUUAAAUCACGUGUAAAAAUGAAAAAAAAAUUAAACUAAAUUAAUAUUUUUCGUGCUUAAGAAGAAAAAAAAUUGAAAAAAACGAGUGAAUAUUUUAUUAUGUGGUGAUCUCCACGACCCUCGCCGAUUGUCUUCGCGGUCGAACAUUUUUAUUGUUUAUUUUGCUUUCGGUUUAGUCCCUUUAGUCGUGCUAGUCAAAAACGUUAUCCCUCCUAUAUACACAACCACACGAUGAUACACAUACUAUAUAAAAGCGCUCGCUCGUUAAAAAUGUCGAUGAAUAGUGUUUUUUUUAUCUUCGAUAUCUCGUACUCGUAUUAUAGUGCUCCCGAAGAUUUAGUAAAUAACUGUUGUGGGCUCGACAACGUGUUCACGUGUCCGAGCCGUUCACGUGAAACCGUUGGGCGCGCUUCGAGGAGAACGGAUUCGUUCCAGAGUACAAGCUUACACAAUAUAUUAUACUAUAUAGAUGGUAUAUAUUAUAUAUAUAUAACGAUUUACGACGAUACGUAUACACACACACACACACACACACACACACACACACACACAGAUACGUAUACGUCUCGCAAUAAUAUAUAAUACGCGUUCGUCGGCGCGCUCUCUUCGCGUUGGAUUUCGAUCGCCGAGCUCGAACGCGACCGUACGUCGACGCGAUCCCGCUGUAAAUAACGCGCACUCGUCAUGAUAAUAAUAUGAUAAUAUGAUAUGAUAUAUUAGUAUAUAAUCGUAAUAAUACAGAGAACGCCCGCAUGCGCAGCUCGUUCUGUCGUAGCCCCCCCGUCCCCGUCGCCGUGCAAUUAAAAACGAAAAUAUAUAAUAUGUAUAGUUACGUAUUGGUUUUCGGUAAACGCGUUCGAUCCGUCGGCCGUCGCCUGACCGUGUGCACGUUCCGGCACCACAGUAUUCGAACGGUUUUGACAGUCGACGGGUCAACGGCCUUUUAGGACCCGAGGUCGGGACGCGCGUCCCGUCAUCUCCGCGGCGACUCUUGGCCGCUCGAGGAGGGCGGCACGCGUAUACGUUUCGGUGGGGCUCUCGACCGCUUUUCCUCCGACGAGUGCAUACGUAUAUAGUAGAGGUACAAGUCGAAAUUUCGUCGCGUUCAUAAAAAAUAUAUUAGAUAUAUUCAUAGGUGUAAUAAUGGUAAUAAUGUAUUAUAGUAAUAAUAUGUCGUAGUCUUAUUUGUGAUAGCCGUUAAAUAUUCAUAUUUUUGUUUAGAUUUUAAAGCUUUUAACCGCAUAAAUUAAACCAAUGCAUUAUUAGGAACCGUGAAUUUCACUGGUUCGCGCGCAUUGUGAUGGCGGAAUAAAUAGUCGUAUACGUACUAAAAAUGUAUUGUUCCUAAGCGGACCCCAAUAAUUUAUAUAAUAUAUAUAUAUAUAUGUCCGAGAUCGCGGUCUCCGGCGGUUUGAAUAUCACACGUCGCGCAACAACUCCGCACUAUCGAUUUUUCGCACCGUUGUUCGUGGAUGAUGAUUCCUCUACCUUACAUGACUGUCCGGUUCUCUGCCCCGUCACCGAGGCAGACGAAUAUCAUAACGAUUUCUUAUGAAGCCCAGUCCGUUUUGUCGAUAUUAGGUCCAUGACGUGUACAGUUACAAUAAUAUUAUAAUAUACGUAUAACACACAGUUGUAUAGAUAUCGCGGUUCUUUUCACAUAUAUUAUACUAACAUUAUCCAGAGGAUGGAAAAUUUUUUUAAUUUGUUUUUUUUUUCGAUUUGUUUUGUAACACCGACUCUUCAGAAACGACAGAAACGAUAUUAUUAUCUGUAGAUCGGACCAAUAUAUGAUCUCUCGCUUAUGGUUUUUGUUGGUUUUUUUUAUAGUUUGUUGUUAAAUUUUUUAUAUUAUUAUUAUUAUUAUUAUUAUUAUUUUUUUUUGUUUGUAUUAUAUUAUAAUUUUUGACUACUCUUACGAAUCGCCUUCGCAGUAUACGCUUGACUAUUAUCAGCGCUAAACGUUUAAGGCCUUAGGAUAAAUCACAACAUUUUCAAUAGGCAAUGUUAAGUUAUCUACAUCAUCGAAACCAAAGAUUUAUGUUCUAUGUACGGUUUAUAUUACUUGUUUGUUUUAUUAAUUUAAACUAUAUUUAAAGCGAUUAUGUACAAUAUUAUUAAACUGUAUAAUACAAUAUAUUAUCACAUUAUACAAUAAAGUGUUUUGAAUAGUAAUUUAGGGUUUUGUUGGUAACAAUUAAGCGUUAUUAUUAUUAUUAUUGAUUUUUUUUUUUGUAUUUUAUUUAUUAAUUAUUUGUAUUUUAUUUAAUGAUUAUAAUAUUUUUUUUUUUGUUCUACUAGUUUAGAAUGAUAAAAUAAUCGUACUAUUAUUAAUUUAUUUUAAAGUCAUAUUAUAUAUGUAUUUCCAAAUACAACGAAUGUAUUUUAACA